AUCAAGCAAUGUCGAAAUGCCAUAAAGCACAUCGCUCGGCGAGAGAAAAAGCGCAGAAGGCGCAAGUCGAAUAAGCUGCAGAGGCAGUUGCGUGAGAACGCCACCAGCCGCACGCAACUCCUGACCGCAUUGGUCCAAGACGUGCGGGACCGCAGUGCUGCUCGCUUUGGAAGACAUCUCGAACGAACUCAGGCGGACAUUCGCUGGCUGUUUAAGCGAACGGCAGUCUGGGAACGCGAUCAAACUGUUUCGGCUAUCCAAGCUCCGUCAGGGGAAACCUUUGACGAAUCUCACGCUAUACCAGAACGAUGUUCACGUGUGUGGGCAACAAUAAUGGGCCAACGUCAUAGCUGUCUAACCCCGCAACAAAUGGAAGUAGCUCUGAAGGCGUUUGCUACCGUUCCCCUCGAGAGACGAGUGCAAGUAGAGGACAAUAAGCGGCUUCUGGCUCCUAUCACCGAAGACGACCUGCCCGCCGCAGUGGCGGAUCUCCAACGGAGCAAAGCUGGAGGUGAAGAUGGGCUCAACAACGAUUUCUACCUAGAUCUGGCGGCAUCGAUGAUCCCUCGGCUUGUGACUGUCUGUAACGAUCUCCUACAAGGAAGCCCCCCACCAGACUCCUUCCUGAAAGCCGUGGUAGUGCCUCUCCGGAAGAAGGGAGACUCGCCGAACGCCUUAGAUUAUCGUCCAAUCUCACUCCUUCAAACAAGCUACAAACUGUUCGCAAAAGUAUUGGCAACGCGGCUUCAAAGAUUUCUCGGCCGUCUACUCAACAAGUUUUCGUUCACGGCCGGCAAAUGGACCGGUCCGUGGUGA